GCCGCGGGAGGAAGAGGCGCAGCCAUGGCCGCGGCCGCCCGCGCCCGGGUCGCGCGCUUGCUGAGGCAACUGCAGCGCGCAGCAUGCCAGUGCCCAACUCAUUCUCAUACUUACUCCCAAGCUCCUGGACUUCCACCUGGAAAAACAACUGAUUAUGCCUUUGAGAUGGCUGUUUCAAAUAUUAGAUAUGGAGCAGGAGUUACAAAGGAAGUAGGCAUGGACCUGCAAAACAUGGGUGCUAAAAAUGUUUGUUUGAUGACAGACAGGAAUCUCUCCCAGCUCCCUCCUGUACAAAUAGUUAUGGAUUCCCUGGUGAAGAAUGGCGUAAACUUUAAGGUUUAUGACAAUGUGAGGGUGGAACCAACUGACAGAAGCUUCAUGGAAGCUAUUGAGUUUGCCAAAAAGGGGGCUUUUGAUGCCUACGUUGCUGUGGGUGGUGGCUCCACCAUGGACACCUGUAAAGCUGCUAAUCUGUAUGCGUCCAGCCCUCACUCUGAUUUCCUAGAUUAUGUCAAUGCCCCCAUUGGGAAGGGAGAGCCUGUGUCUGUGCCUCUUAAGCCUCUGAUUGCAGUCCCAACUACCUCAGGAACUGGCAGUGAAACUACCGGAGUUGCCAUUUUUGACUAUGAACAGUUGAAAGUAAAAACUGGCAUUGCUUCCCGAGCCAUCAAGCCCACGCUGGGACUGAUCGAUCCUCUGCACACCCUGCACAUGCCUGACCGGGUGGUCGCCAACAGCGGCUUCGAUGUCCUUUGCCAUGCCCUGGAGUCCUACACUGCCCUUCCCUACCACAUGCGGAGCCCCUGCCCUUCAAAUCCCACCACACGGCCAACAUACCAGGGCAGCAACCCAAUCAGCGACAUUUGGGCAGUCCACGCGCUACGGAUGGUCGCUAAGUAUCUGAAGAGGGCUGUCAGAAAUCCUGAUGAUCUUGAAGCAAGGUCUAAUAUGCACUUGGCAAGUGCUUUUGCUGGCAUUGGCUUUGGAAAUGCUGGUGUUCAUCUGUGCCAUGGAAUGUCUUACCCAAUUUCAGGCUUAGUGAAGACAUAUAAAGCAAAGGAUUAUAAUGUGGAUCACCCACUGGUGCCUCACGGCCUUUCUGUGGUGCUCACCUCCCCAGCAGUGUUCACUUUCACGGCACAAAUGUCUCCUGAGAGGCACCUGGAAACAGCAGAAAUAUUGGGAGCCGACACCCGCACUGCAAGGAUCCCAGAUGCCGGGCCUAUUUUGGCAGACACACUCCGGAAAUUCUUAUUCGAUCUGGAUGUUGACGAUGGCCUAGCUGCCAUUGGUUACUCCAAGGCCGAUAUCCCCACAUUAGUGAAAGGUACACUGCCCCAGGAAAGGGUCACCAAGCUUGCACCACGCCCUCAGUCAGAAGAGGAUCUGUCUGCCCUGUUUGAAGCUUCAAUGAAACUGUAUUAAGUUUCAUUUUCACUGAAAGAAUUACCAUUGGCCAUCAUAGUUCUGAAAACAGAAGUUGAUCUAGGCAGAGCUUUGACUUUUCAUCUCCCCACAUAACUUACCUGUUAACAGUUUGAAUGUGAUAUAAAUUCAUCCUGCGGAAGAUUCCCUGAUGCUCAAAGUCAAGGUGCUUCCAUAAAACAGGCUGGACAAAUGCCCACUAUGUCACACCUUGGGCCAGACUUCAGGGGUCCGUGUUCCUGCCCCAGACCCCACAGACGGCCACUGUUCCACUUAUCAAAUGGGUAAAAACUCAGUAUCUAUCAAAAUGUAAAUGCACAUAUCCUAUGCCCAUUAAUCCCAUGUCUGGAAAUUUGUCCUACAGAAAUACUAGCACAAGUGUGUAAAAAAAUAUGGCAAGGUUGUUUCUGGCAGCACUUUUUCUAACAAUAAAAAAUUUGAAAGAACCUAAAUAUUCAUUAAUAGUAUAAAUAGAUUAUAGUAUAUUAAAUAAUGGAAUGCUAUAGUGCUCUUAGAAUGAGGUAAAUCUGUUGGAAAUAUGUCCAUGAUAUACUGCUAAGUUGGAAAAAAGUAACUUGCAGAACAAUUAUAUAUUAGUAUGGUCUGAUUUUUACUUUUUAAAUUAUGUAUAAAUAUAUGUCUAUAUAGAGAGAGAAAAGAAGGAUACACAUCAAAAUAUUAAAAGUUUACACAUCAAAAUAUUAAAAGUUAUCGCUGGAGAAAUGGAAUUUGGGGUAUAGAGAAUUAAGAGAAAAUGCUCACUUUAUAUUUUAUACUUUCCCUUUUUAUUUUAUCAACAUCUGUAUUGUUUGGAUUUGUUACAACAAGCAUAUAUUUUCUAAUGUUAAAAGCGGGGAGAGAAA